UUUUUAGGAGAGUAUUGCAAGACCCUGACAUGCAACAUUAUAAGGGCCCGGAUGUGUCGAGCUCGAUGAACGAAAGCGUCUACCACCCCCACAGCAAUGGCCACUCCGAACAUUCCCCCAACUCGAGCCACAUGUCGGUGCACAGCGACGAGCCGCUAGUGCGGACCCAAAAGCAGCAGACCACGCAGCAAGUCACCACCGUGACCAAAGUGGUGCGCGAGGUCCAGCAAUUGGGGGACCAAUCGGGGGAGUACAUUCCGGUGCCUUUGGGCUCCUAUUCGCAUCCUUCUCAGUACGUCGACUACAUCGAGCAGCCUGCUCAUCACAUGUACUCGCAGUAUCACCAACAUCCCCACUAUCAGGAUUAUGAUCACUAUCCUAACCCCUAUGGGGCUUAUAUGGGGUAUCCUGCGGGGGCUGAAAGGCCUCCAACUCCUCCUAGUCCUAGUGAACAUAGUGGGGACCCUUCACCUCUUCCUCUUACUUCACAGUCUAAUGCACCCUAUUUGGGGUCUGGGUAUGACGAAAUGCCUGAACAUUACAGAGUAACCCCAUCUCCCGGCGGCCCGAUCGGCAUGGACCCCUACCAAGACGACCCCGCAGUGGUCUACGGCUACGUGUCCCCCUCUCCAUACGGGACGGCCCCUAGUCUGUCGCGACCCUACGUCGACAGCAUCAACGGUCCCGUGCCGGUAGGCGGGUCCUUGAGGAUGUUCGAGGACGAAGAUCUCCAGAAGCACAUCAGCAAGAUGACGCUGCAUGGACACAACGUGGGCCUGCCACACGAAAGAGCGCAGCAUAUCGCCUCCCCAGGAAGCAUUGCGGGCGACGAUGAUCAAAGGGGGAUGCGUUGGAGAGAUCCUAACCUUACUGAGGUCAUCGGGUUCUUGAACAAUCCCAACAACGUCAUUAAAGCCAAUGCAGCAGCUUACCUACAACAUCUCUGUUACAUGGACGAUCCGAACAAGCAGAAAACGAGAGCUUUGGGGGGCAUACCCCCGCUAGUGAAACUGCUUAGUCAUGAUGGCAUAGAAGUGUACAGGAAUGCUUGCGGGGCCCUCAGAAACUUAUCAUACGGCAGACAAAAUGAUGAGAACAAAAGAGCGAUCAAUACUGCCGGAGGCAUUCCGGCUCUGAUCAACUUACUGCGUCGCUCCAACGAAGCUGAAAUCAAAGAACUCGUCACGGGCGUUAUUUGGAACAUGUCAUCUUGUGAAGAUCUGAAACGCAACAUCAUCGACGAUGGUGUCAUGACAGUUGUCACCUACAUAAUCAUCCCGCACUCUGGUUGGGACCCGCAAGGGAACCAUGGGGAGACAUGUUGGUCGACAGUAUUUAGAAACGCUUCCGGUGUUCUUCGGAAUGUCAGCUCUGCCGGCGAGUAUGCUAGGAAGAAGUUGAGGGAAUGUGAAGGGUUGGUUGACGCGCUGUUGUUCGUUGUGCGCUGUGCCAUAGAUAAGUCCAAUAUAGGCAAUAAGAUCGUCGAGAAUUGCGUAUGCAUACUGAGGAAUCUGUCGUACCGGUGCCAGGAGGUCGAGGAUCCCAAUUACGAUAAGAACCCUUUGCCUACACAGAGUAGGGUGGCAGCUAAUUCUUCUAAAGGAGAAAACUUGGGUUGUUUCGGCGGCAGCAAGAAGAAAAAGGACUCUCAGUCUUCCGAAACGAAGGACGGCAAUUUCUCUUCGGGCGGCAGCGCGGGUCCCGCCAGCGCGGCGGCCAGGGGCGAGCCCGUGCGGGGCAUGGAGCUGCUGUGGCAGCCGGAGGUCGUGCAGUCCUAUUUGGCGCUGCUGCAGAGCUGCUCGAACCCCGAGACGCUCGAGGCCGCCGCCGGGGCCCUCCAGAAUCUGGCAGCUUGCUACUGGCAGCCCAGCAUAGAGAUACGUGCAGCUGUGCGGAAGGAGAAAGGCUUGCCAAUCUUGGUGGAGCUGCUGCGAAUGGAAGUCGACCGAGUGGUGUGCGCGGUGGCGACUGCGCUGCGCAACCUCGCGAUCGACCAGCGCAACAAGGAACUCAUCGGCAAGUACGCGAUGCGCGACCUGGUGCAGAAGCUGCCGUCGGGCAACCCGCAACACGACCAGGGCACCUCCGACGACACCAUCGCCGCCGUGCUCGCGACGCUGAACGAGGUGAUCAAGAAGAACGCGGAGUUCUCGAGGUCGCUUUUGGAGGCAGGCGGGGUGGAGAGACUGAUGACCGUUACGAGGCACCCGCAGAAGUACACGCCGAGAGUGCUGAAGUUCGCCGGCCAGGUCCUGUUCACGAUGUGGCAGCACCAAGACUUACGCGACGUGUACAAGAAGCACGGCUGGAAGGAGCAGGACUUCGUGACGAAAUCGGUAGCUGCUCGCAAUGCCGGGCCCAACUCGCCUAACAACGCGAACAGCACGUUGAACCGGCCGAUGGCGUCGCAGAGCGGUACCAGGUACGAGGACAGGACCAUGAAGCGGGGCGCUCCCGGCUCCAGGAGCACCGGGGCCUUCCAAAGGGGGGAUGACAUUCCGAUGGCCGACAUGGGAUACAACGAAAGCCAGGGGGUGACAGGGUACACCUCUGGCGCCGGUCCGAACCCGCCUCCAGAGCCUUUGUACGCCCAGGUGAACAUGGAGAAGAAGCGCAAUCGGCAGCCGAGCCUGGGCAACGCCAGCCUGAACCAUUUGGGCGUGGGCGAAGGGCAGGGGCAAAAGCAGGCCCCCCUGACCAGUCUGCCGGCCGGAAAGGACUCGUGGGUCUAA